UUUUUACACAAAAUAUGUAUUUAUUUAUCCCAAAUACUGCAGACGGCCGCCCGCUAUGUGCGCAAAAAGCGUCGCACGCUGCGCAAGAUUAUGAACUUUGCGCUGAAUCGUGAGGGCGGUGGCACCUACAUGAGCCAUACGGCCGGACAAUGGCUAUUCGAUGGGUUUUACGACUCGCUUAUUGACUUUGUUGAGCGUCUGCACUCGCCGCUGUUGCCCAUAUUCAGCGACCAUUUUGGCUGGUUCUAUCAGCGCAACAAUUCGAAGACGGCCGAGGGAAAUUUCACAAUACACACGGGCCGGGGUGAUCUCAGAUGGAUGGGCGAGCUGCAGAUGUGGAAUGGCAGCGCCCAUACGGGCUACUACGAGGGCGAGUGCGGCAAGGUCAAUGGCAGUACGGGUGAGCUGUGGGCGCCGGGUCGCCAGUGGCACGAGACAAUUUCCAUAUUUUUGCCAGAUGCAGCGCGCUACAUAAAUCUGUACAGCAUGGCGAAUGUCACAGUCCAGGGCAUCGCUGCCUGGCGCUACGAGACCAGCCGGCUGAGCUUCGACAACGGCCAACUGGCGCCGGAUACGAAAUGUUUUUGUGUUGCCAAACACGAAUGUCCACUGAAUGGUGUGCUAGAUUUCUCACCAGUCGCCAAGCGCGGACCCAUUUACGUAUCGCAUCCGCACUUCUACAUGACCGAUGAGUACUAUAGAAGAAAUACGACGGGCCUACGCCCAAAUCGCAUGUAUGUGGUAAUGGAACCGACACUGGGCAUACCACUAAGCCUGAAGGGACAAGUUAUGAUCAGUGCGCUAGUGCAGCGUGACGAGGCUAUCGAGUGAGUAUAUUUGCAUAU